CCUUCUCAGAUGGGCGUGUGCAUUUCCACAGACAUCCUCAUUGUGAAGCUGCGGAAGGGCCAGGAGCUGAGGCUGCGAGCCUAUGCCAAGAAGGGCUUUGGCAAGGAGCACGCCAAGUGGAACCCCACGGCAGGCGUGGCGUUCGAGUACGACCCGGACAACGCGCUGAGGCACACCGUGUACCCCAAACCGGAGGAGUGGCCCAAGAGUGAGUACUCGGAGAUCGACGAGGAAGAUGCUCAGGCUCCCUAUGACCCCAACGGGAAGCCAGAGAGGUUUUACUACAAUGUGGAGUCCUGCGGUUCUCUGCGCCCGGAGACCAUCGUUCUCUCUGCGUUGUCUGGCCUGAAGAAGAAACUGAGCGACCUCCAGACCCAGCUGAGCCAUGAGAUUCAGAGUGAUGUCCUCACUAUAAACUGAGGUGGCCCCUGCAAGAGA